AUGCAGUUUUUAAAGUCAGCAAAACAGAAAUCAAAUUACUAUCAUAUUACGCUGGUGGAAGCUCAAGGAGAGCGGACUCCACACCGACUUAAUUACUAUGAGAGAUGCAGCGAGUCACAGAAUAGCACGAGUGUCUCGUGUGUGGACCCUGAAGACAAAUAAUACCGGUGGCCUCUGCCCAGCAAGCUCUGUGCAGUCUGGAUUUACCUGGAUGUCCUCUUCAAUACUAGCAACAUUGUGAAAUUAUGUCUUCCAGCACUAAACUCAUCUAGACUCAUGUCUAUAUUACAUGGUGUAUCCAUGCCAAUACCAGUCUUUGGGCUACAGGAUGAUUCCAAGGUCUUUAAGCAGGGGAGUUGCUUACUCGCUGAUGAUAACUUUGUCCUGAUCGGCUCUUUUGUGUCAUUUUUCAUUCCCUUAACCAUCAUGGUGAUCACCUACUUUCUAACUAUCAAGUCACUCCAGAAAGAAGCUACUUUGUGUGUGAGUGAUCUUGGCACACGGACCAAAUUAGCUUCUUUCAGCUUCCUCCCUCAGAGUUCCCUAUCUUCUGAAAAGCUCUUCCAGCGGUCGAUCCACAGGGAACCAGGGUCCUACGCAGGCAGGAGGACUAUGCAGUCCAUCAGCAAUGAGCAAAAAGCUUGCAAGGUGCUGGGCAUCGUCUUCUUUCUGUUUGUGGUGAUGUGGUGCCCUUUCUUCAUCACAAACAUAAUGGCCGUCAUCUGCAAAGAGUCAUGCAAUGAGGACGUCAUCGGAGCCCUGCUCAACGUGUUUGUUUGGAUUGGUUACCUGUCCUCAGCGGUCAACCCACUUGUCUACACACUGUUCAAUAAGACCUAUAGGUCGGCCUUUUCACGGUAUAUUCAGUGUCAGUACAAGGAAAACAAAAAACCAUUGCAGUUAAUUUUAGUGAACACUAUACCCACCUUGGCCUACAAGUCUAGUCAACUCCAAAUGGGACAAAAAAAGAAUUCAAAGAAAGAUGCCAAGACAACAGAGAAUGACUGCUCUAUGGUUGCUCUAGGAAAACAACAUUCACAAGAUGCUUCUACAGACAAGAUCGACACUGGGAAUGAAAAGGUUAGCUGUGUGUGAUAAGCUAGUUGCCAUGGCAACCAUGAAGGGCAUGCUGAGCACAUUUUCACCUAUCUGG